CUCCUCCCCACUACCAACCAACCAACCGACCAAUGACCUUAUCCAGCCCCCUCCCUAACUACCUCUCUUCCACCACCACCCCCAUCUAGUUACCUACCUCCACCACUACCCCUUCCAAUAUAAAUUUUGUGCAGAAUUUUAAAGUUUUUUUUUUUUCGGGGGGUGUUUUUCUUUCUCAAUUCACAUUGCUCCGGCCCACCCACCAACCCAUUUCCACCCCAUCCUCCACUUUUUUUCCUCAGUGGUAGUACUGCUAUAGUAAGGGUGACAGUGAGAGUGGUAGUUUGUAAGCAUCGAUUAUUAGAGUUGAUUGUUGUUGUUGUUGUUGUUGUUGUUGAAACAGAUAUUUUGGAGAAUUUGGUAAGGUUAGAUGAAAAGAGAAGCAGUUUGUUGUCAUGGCACUGACACCGGACAUAGGUGGCAGCACUGUAUGAGCUGAUCAGCUUGUAUCCAUUCAUUUCACCUGUAAAACACCUCCAUUGUAACUAUCUUCAUUUCACCCCCACUCACACCAUCACUCCAGCACUGCCCCUAGUUUCCCCAAACAAAACUCUCCAACUUCCUCCCAUCCAUAUAUAUAUACACACACAUACUCAUAAAUACACAGAUAUAUACACACAUAUAUAUAUACAUAUGCACACACAUAAAUAUCUAUAUAUACACUCAUAAAUAUUUAUAUAUACAGACACACGCAUACAUACAUAUACACACACACAUACACAUAUAUAUAUAUAUACACAUAUACAUACAUAUACCCAUAUAUGUAUGCAUGUAUAUAUAUAUAUAUAUAUGCACAUUUUCAUCUCAAAGCUCAAUGUAGUAACUACCACUGCGCCCCCUUCUAACCCUUACUACCUCCUCCACCUUUACAAACCUUUUGACCCCUAACCCUUAACACCCACCACCUUCCCCACUCUAAUCCAGAGCCUCAUCGUGGUGACAAUGGUCAGGAAACAAGAAUGCCAGAUCACCAUCAACAAAACUCUACUACCCAUCAAGAUUUUCUACUUCUCUUUCUAUUCAGCCAUUGGAUUUCUGUUACCAUUCAUUCCGCUUUAUAUGAAAAAUCUGGGAUUAUCUGCUCAAGAAUCAGGAAUCAUCACUGGAUCUAUGUUACUCUUUGGAAUAGUUGCAGAACGCAUUGUCAGUUUUCUUGCAGACCGAUUCCAAAAACAUAAAUUGUUACUACUUUUGUUCACAUUCUUAUCAGGUGUUGUGUACAUGUGUCUUCUUCUGGUGCCAUCAAAGAACCUACCAUACAAAACAGUCAUUAAAACCAAUGUCCAUUGUAAUACACAAGAUUCUUAUAUUCGGGAUUGCAUUUCAUCUGAAGUAAACACAUCUAAAAAACUCCAUCGACCCCUUCAUAAUUCUGUGGUCAGCUGUCCAGUUACAUUUUAUGAUUAUGCCCUAUUUGCCAAAACUAACAACCUAACUGAACUCAACUGCGAGGCAUCUUGUCUAUUUGCUGUUCCUGGUGCUUAUACAUCCCGUGUUUGUUUCACCACAGAUGUGCGACCAUUUGGGGCACGCAGCUGUUUUGAUAUUUGGGUAAGUUCUAGUAAAGAAACAUAUCUUCACUUUACCAUAUCGAAUACUACAGUGACUUUGAAAAAUGAGAUACAUUUGGAGAGAAUUCCUUUGCCUCACCUUAUUUGCAAAGACUACAAUUUGAAAAAUUUGAUCCAUCAUGGUAAACCAUAUUGGCAAAUGCUUUGUAAUGAAGAAACAGUCCUCAACUGUAAAUUCCAGUGCACGCGCCAAGAUAAAAACGGUUGUGAACAACACAAUGAAUUGUACGGAGCUACAUUUGGUAUCUUUCUUGCAAUUCAGAUCACUUGUGCUUUGCUAUUCCUGCCAUCAGUAAGCCUUAUAGAUUCCAUAGCUAGCAGUCAACUAAGUGAACCGAGCCCUUCACUUGGACAUCAACGUAUAUGGGGUACUUUGGGCUUUGGUCUGUGUGCACUGACCUCAGCAGGUUUAAUGGAAUUACUAAAAGAGUAUCAUAACAAACCUGUCGAUUACCAUCAUUCAUUUUACCUUUUUCUCACAUUCACCACAAUAUCUGCUCUCAUUGGUUCAAAACUUGACAUUCCCGACACACUCAAGUCUUCACAAAACUCUCAAAAGCUCAGGAUUACAUUAAGGAACUGUGAAAUUCUUCAUUUUCUUUUCAUUAUUAUAUGUCUUGGUAUUUUCGAUGGAUCUAUUUCUACAUUUCUUCUCUGGUACCUAAAAGACCUCAACAGUUCACCGCUGGUGUUUGGAUUCAGCUUACUAUUCAAUGCUUUGUGUGAGAUUAUCAUACUGUUGGUAUCAAACAGGAUUAUCAAACUCAUUGGACAUAUACCCAGCUUGUUAUUAUCUCUGGCAGCUUAUUGUAUCCGAUUCCUCGGAUAUUCUUUCAUCUCAAAAGGCUGGUUAGUACUACUCUUUGAACCAUUCCAUGGAUUAAGUUAUGGACUCAUGCUUGUGUCGUUAUCAGGAUAUUCAAAUAUAUUAUUGACAACCAAUGGACUUACAUUUAUUAAAGGACUUUACUUCGGUUUAGGUCGCGGUUUUGGCAGCAUUCUCACAGGAGUACUAUUUACCAUAGUCGGUGGUCUCUGGACAUGGAGAAUCUACAGUAUAGCUGCAUUCCUCAUGAUUCUUAUAGUCAUUCCUCUGCAGUGGUUCUUCUCAAGGCAAACUCAAAGAAUGGAAGUUCCAGAACAAGCAAAUAAAUUUGAAAAUUUGGAAGAUGGAACGGCAAAUGAGUCAACAAUAGAGAGAUUAUUAACCGAAGAACAUCAGUCACCAGAAACUAAGAUUAAAGGCGGAAAGCUGACAUGGACAAGAGAUGAAUUGUAAUGGUUCUCCCCACCCUCUUAUCAUUUAAUGAGGACCACAGGAAAUUGUGCAACCAUGUAUAUAUAUAUAUAUCAUCAUCAUCAUCAUCAUCGUUUAACGUCCGCUUUCCAUGCUAGCAUGGGUUGGACGAUUUGACUGAGGACUGGUGAAACCGGAUGGCAACACCAGGCUCCAGUCUGAUUUGGCAGAGUUUCUACAGCUGGAUGCCCUUCCUAACGCCAAUAUAUAUAUA